UCGUAAUUGUAAGGCGUUUCAAAUGCACCGGUGCCUGCGGGAACAUGAGAUAUUACGCGAAAUCAUCGCGAACGUACCUUCCGUAAAGCCCCAGAUGCUCGAUGGCUUUAUUGGUUAUUACUGGCGCGAUAAGAUCUCCAAGUCAGAGCGUCCCACGUAUGCUGCUCUGGCACGAGUUUGCAGGGCCUUUUGCGAGCCCGCUACGGAUGCACUCUGGAGAACAAUUCAUGUGGAGUCACUGAAGCGGUUCUUCGCUACAUUACCCGAUGCAUCCGACGCUGCGCUACAGCGCACGAGUGUACGCAUUGCCGUUGACGAUACAUCCCAGGCCUAUCAUUCUCCUGGAGAACUUCACUGGGCCCGGUUCUUAAGAAAUACGGCUCGACUGCAUACUAUCCGAGUAAACAACCCACGCAUGGCAACUUUGUUCCCCAAUCUUCGCACGCUGGAGGUUUACAGUCUGUCGUGGGAGCUAGCAGCCUGCCUACCGAUAUUCCUCAGCGCCAGCGUUGUGGAAUGCCAUAUCACGAGCAGCACGGAAGAUCCUGUCGAAGUGGACACAUUGGUGAGCCAGCUGGUUCGUCUUUGUCCCAACCUGCAGGUUCUGUCCGGGCAUACUCGUGCAUUUACCUCGGAGACAACAUUCCUGCUCCUCGGUCUUCAGAAUCUUACCAGCGUUGUGUGCGAAGAUGGGCUACCCCCUUCGACUGCAAUCCACCUUUCCCAAAAGCCGCAACUCUGUUCCCUUAGAGUUACUACGCUUGUCGAUCUUACGGCUGUGUUUGUCUCCAUUGAAACCGCAACACGCAUGCUGCAUCUCAUAGAACCCACUUCUCUGCGCGAACUCUCCCUUCGUCUAGACGGCGAGUCCGAGAGCCAUGCUCUAGCAAAUCUUCUUCACGCAGUUUCCCGGCAUUCGACGCUAUCCCGUUUGGAACUUAGUGGCGAUCCUUUGGUCUCAGGUCCACCGGUCCCUUUGCUAUCCAUCGGGCAGCUCGAUCGCUUGGAGAGGCCGCGCGUUUUUAUUCUAGGCGUCGCAGUCACGAAAGACGAUAUACCUGCCUUAUGCCGCACGCUCCCUUCCCUGAAAAAACUCUAUAUAUCCCGGAGCCGCUGCUCGUCAGCAUCAGAAGACAUCAGGCUCCCAUUGGAUGUCCUGGACCUGUUCGCCAGGUAUAUGCCUCGCCUUGAAUCGCUCAAACUCGAUUUAAAGUCACUCUCCCUCCGCGGAACAGAGCCACCGCGCAACCGAAGCACACGCCACAUUGUUCUCACCUUCCACCACAACGUUAUCGAGGAGGGAGCCAAGCCAGGGCUGGUCGCAACCUACAUUGCCGCGAUCUAUCCAAAAUGCGGUUUCCCAGCAAUGGGGCUCACGGAUAUGCUUAUCCCGGAUGUUGACGAGAAGGACCCGGCAGCUCGCAUCGACUUCUGGUUCAAAGUCAACGACUUGGUCCCACUGUUCGUCCGGGCUCGCGCUGACGAGCGACAGCGUUUUGGUAGCACGGGCGUGACGGAACAAGCAGAGGUGAGCAACCAUUUGUCCUGA